UUCAGAAAUGAAUCGUCUAGUACAGGCGGAGCUCGUCAAGAAUCUCAAGUGAAGCAGCGACCUUGGCUACCACUAGGGUUGUAGGCGGCGCGUUCUUCCAUUUAGCUUUAAGAUCGAUGCAAAGAAAGGAGACUAUCAAGUGACUUUCAAAGACUCAAAAGUAUGGGUGAAGGGCGUAGAUCUUCGGCACGGGUACCAAAGAAGGAAAAUUGUGUAACUGGGCGGACUCAGUUUCAAACGGGUACCUCAUCUCAGCCUCUCGAGCCUGCUGAUAUGCCUGCUAGAAUUUAUGAGUUGCUUCAAGAGUUGCAUGUUGAGCUUGGUCGCCAAUUCCAGACAAUGAAUCGAAAAAUGGAUCGUUUGGAAUAUGGGCUUACACUGCUGAUGGAUGAAUCUCAACGGCAGCAGUACCAAAUAUUCAAGCAACAGCAGCUGGUGGACAAUAAUAAUAUGGAAGACGAAGAAGGUGGAGAAGAUGAGGACCAACAAGAGCAUCACAAUGAAAGAACCCAGAAAGGGCAAAAUGGUGGGGGAGAGCAUGAGCGGAGGACCAAGGCUCGACGCUCGUAGAUAAUGAGUGGCUAUGGUUGUGAAUUGUGAUCCAACUGUUAGUGACUGUCUGUUCAGUUUCUUUUUAACCCUUUUGUUAGUUGGCUGUGAAUUAGUGGUUCAUGUAAACUUAAAAAAGGUGUUCUGAUCCUUGUUUUGGUCUUUUAUGGUGCCGAUGAAACUAAGCUGCUAUGUGAUGUUUGCAUUCAAUGUGUGGUUAACUUUUGGUGGUACUGUAAAUUCUUCUGUUUUGCAGUU